AUGGUGCGGACAGCAUGGGCGAGAGCGUUCGCAGCUCUCAUAGUAAGACUAGCGCUAGCAGCAAAGAAAACUAACACUGCCCAGGACAGGGCCACCAUAGCAGCCACUAUCAUUAUGCCCAAAAUGAUGUACGUAGCGAGACACGCGUGGCCGACGCAAACGAUUAUCCGCGAAGCGGACUGGAGGGUGAGGAAUUUUGUCUGGAACUCAAGUUUCGCGAGUCCGCUGAAUCCGCCAAAAGGGUGGAUCAGCGCCGACAUAGCUGAGCUCCCAGUAAAAGAUGGAGGAAUAGGAUUGCCAAAUAUCACCACGGAACUCAUUGCAAUGGCAGCAAUGGCAGUGGGAGAGUGGUCCAUGUCCUCAAACGAGCUCAAAACGAAGUGUGGGCAUGUGCUGCGACAGGAUGCAACGAAUGAGGACACGCAUAUUACCCCAAUACGUAAGCGCUACUCCAAGAGUGUCACUGAGGACAUGUGGAGCACUGGGCAACCACUGGUGACGACCUGGUUUGGACCAGAAGAGGUUCCGGCAAGCGACGAAGUACCAACUGAACAGGAGUUACGGAAGCUACUGAGACACAGGAACGGACUAAAGACACGGUGGGGGAACCAAGGUUUAAGAUGCGAAUUUAUCGACUUAGCCAAUGGGCCGAUGGAGAAGAUGCGCAGGCAUCGCAGGCUUACCCGAGGAGACUAUAUUCAUCACGCAGUAGGGAACCUAGGGAUACGGGAGAUACAGUGGCGAGACGCACUCGGAACCAUCAAACCGGGUUCGGCUUACCGAUCACUACUAAAUGGUACGAAAGGAUGCAGAGUCAAAGAUAUAAUCCAGAUUAUCUGGGAAGCAAAGGGAAUAGUGACCUUCUCGCCAGUGUCGCUACAGCUCCCUAUGACAAGCAGUAUGGCUCACAAGUUUAGGGAGCUAUGCCUCUCCUUCUUAGCCCAAUUUCCCGAGCUGGCGUACAAACCCACCGAAGACAAGGUGCUACGAGUGAGCCAUGGCCUGGAUGAUCCACAUCAUCAAUUCUGGGUAGACAACAGCGGAGCACGGAAGCAGGUCAUGCAUGGCUGGAGUACGCAUCUACAGAAGGUAGCCAAGGACAUGGAACUGACCACAGCAAUAGCGGCAUCCCUAGACACAAAUGAGCGGCAGGUUUGGAUAGUGCCACAUCCGUGGCUAACCGGAAUGCAACCACUAUGGGCGGGAAGAAGACGCUGGGCACAAACCAGAAAAGGUUACAAGAAGGUGAUUACCAAGCAAAAGAAGCAAAAGGCCCAUAACAAACUCAAGCAAAUAGCCGAAAAAGGGGCCAGAAAGAACAAACCAA